AUGAACGCACGCCCCGUUUUCUGAUUCAGACUCCUCCUCCUCGCCACACCAACAGACGCAGCCAACAGCGCUCCCUCUGAAAAAAAGGGAAGAGAACAGCAACGGGAAUAAUCUCGUCUCCUUUCCUCCUCAACCCGUCCGCGUACGAUCGACGCGGAGGCGCCGCCCGUCCCCCCCUCCGACCCGACCCGACCCCAUGGCGUUCAUGCGCACCUCCUCCAAUGCAUCCUCUGGCAUGGGAGUUGCUCCUGAUAUCAGGGAGACAUUCCUGGAGCUUCAGAUGAAGAAGGCAUUUCGCUAUGUCAUCUUCAAAAUAGAAGAAAAGCAAAAGCAGGUUGUUGUGGAGAAGACGGGGGCUACAACUGAGAGUUAUGAUGAUUUCCUGGCUUGUCUCCCAGAGAAUGACUGCAGAUAUGCCCUUUAUGAUUUUGACUUUGUUACUGGGGAGAAUGUGCAGAAAAGCAAGAUUUUCUUCAUUGCCUGGUCCCCUGACACAUCCCGCAUCCGCGCCAAGAUGCUGUACUCCACCUCCAAGGACCGCAUCAAGCAGGAGCUCGACGGGUUCCACUACGAGAUCCAGGCAACUGACCCGACCGAGGUGGAGCUCGAUGUCCUCCGCGACCGGGCGCACUAGGGCGGAUCCAUGAUCACCUGUGGGCUUCAGCCGGAUGCAAAUCCAUGCUGUCCGUGGUAAUGCUGUUGCCGCAGUGCUGUUAAUAAGACAGAUAUAUCCAGGUUUCCUGUAAAACGUAAGAGUAUCAUUCAGCUGUUAUGCAUGGCUCUAGCUGAUGAAGUGUUGUCCGAGGUCUCUACUCGUAUGAUGUCGGAGCCUGUAAACGCAAGAAACACCCCUUGAAAAACGCAUGUGUUGUGGUAUUAAUACUGGUUUGCUAGGCUUGGAUUCUCCUGAAUGCUA